UUUCAUUUAUUUGAUUGAAUUGAAAGAAAUCGUCGAAGUAAAACAUCAUCGUUUACCUGAGUUUAAUACAGUGUACAAUUUUAAAAAAUGGUGUCUUGUGUUGUUUCAAGAAAUAUUUUGCUAGUGCCAAAUGUUGUGCAAUGGCCUAACCAUGUGAGAAAUUGUUUCCGUACUUCAACGUUCUUCCGUAGUUUAUAUCAAAGCUCUUUGUGCAGCAAUAUAAAAAAUCUCGUUCAAGGGUUAUCACUAACAAAUAAAUUUGACCCAAGACUUCGAACUUUCCUUCUUCAUUUCAAGCAAAACUUCGACGAUACGGGCUUUCAAGGCACAACAAGCAGUUACAGGAUAGGUGAAAUAAAGAUACAUCACAUCCAAGCACUGAGCAGAUUGUGUGAAAAAUUAUUACAGACUGAAGAUUAUCUGCAUGAGUUAAAAGCUUUGAGCUUUGAAGAUGAUAAAAUUGGAGAUCUUGCCAAAAUGGCACACGAAGAAUAUGAGCAGUUGGAGAAAACCCUCACUCAAAUUCAAAAUGAAGCAUUAGAACUAAUAUUACAAGAAGAAGAUAGUCAAACUGAAGGAAUAAUUAUGGAAUUCUCUGCUGGUGUGGGUGGACAAGAAUCCAUGUUAUUUUGCAGCGAAAUGUUGGAAAUGUAUAGCAAUUAUUGUGAUAAUGAAGGAUGGGAUUUUGAGCUAACAGAUGUUGAAAGAAGUGAUUUAGAGGGUGUGAGACAUGCUGCACUUACCAUCAAUCAUCCAGAGGCCUAUAAAAAUUUGCAAUUUGAAAGUGGAGUUCAUCGGGUGCAACGCGUUCCGAAAACUGAAAAGGCUGGGCGAGUUCACACCAGCACCGUUACUGUUGCAAUCCUUCCUCGCCCUUCUGAAGUUACAGUAACCAUUGAACAUAAAGACCUUAAAAUUGAGACGAAAAGAGCGAGCGGUGCAGGUGGCCAACACGUGAAUACUACAGAAUCUGCAGUCCGUAUCACACAUCUACCAUCAGGUUUAGUGUCGGAAUGUCAGACUCAAAGGUCGCAAAUGCAGAACCGUAAGGUGGCAAUCGACAAAAUCAGGGCACGUCUGUUCCAAAUGAAAAUUGAUCAGCAACUCGCAUCAACCCGAUCGAGCCGUAAACUACAAGUAGGCUCUAGCAGUCGUUCCGAAAAAAUACGAACCUACAACUUUCCUCAAGACCGGGUUACAGACCAUCGUAUUAAUUUUACUAGUCAUAACUUGGGGGAAUUCUUACGUGGCGCACGAACAUUUGAGAUUCUUCUCGGCAAACUCCAAGAAGAGUCACACAAGGAAAGAGUAGCCGAAUUUUUAGAACAAAUAAAACUUUAAAAUGUCUUGAAUGAUACUGAAGUGUCUUUGUCGUCGAUAAUUUUUUCUACAUGUUAGCUAUGAAUACAUCGAAAUGUAUUCCUAA